AUUCUUCCUAAUUUGAGUAAUUUUUUGCCUGUUGAUUUGGGGAUGAUUAAGGGUUUUGUAAUUAAAGAAAUUGGUUUGUCAGGGGUUUUUUCUUGUGGGUUUGAUUCUUUGUUUUCAUGUCAAAAUCACAUGAGGUAUGGAAUUUGAGAUUCUUUGAUCAUCUGAGUUUCUGUCACUUGGAGUAUUUGUGUGUCGUACAGUUCUAUAUAUAAAACUCAGAGGGUUUACACUUUACACCCACAACUUAACUUUGGCACUUCUUUCUUCUUCACUAUUUUGUACUGUAUCUAUCUUUUCCAUGAAAAUUCCACCUUGAUAUUUUCUUUCUUUUCAUCUAUUGUCUAGGUGAUUUUCACUUUUUAGAGACCAAGUUCUGUUUGUUAAAAUUUCCAGCUGGGUUGCUUAGUUAGGAAGAUUAAUUUCUGGCUUUCGGACUGUGGAGCAGUAAAGUGGAAGCUUUUUAUGAAUCAUGAAGUUGAUUGUAUUAGAUUCCAGAAUGUUAAGAAGUAUCUUCUGAACUUUACUCAGGCCAAGUGAGCGGAAAAAUUAAGAAGAAUCAGUCAUGAAGUUUAUGAAACUGGGAUCUCGCCCUGACACUUUUUACACUGCUGAGGCUGUAAGGUGUGUCUCCUCUGAAGUCUCUAGUGACCUUAUAAUUCAAGUGAAAGAAAGUAGAUAUCUGCUUCACAAGUUUCCUCUGUUGUCCAAGUGUUUGAGGCUGCAGCGGCUGUGCUCUGAAUCCUCUGAAACAUCCCAACAUCAAAUAGUCCAGCUGCCAGAUUUCCCUGGUGGAAUUGAGGCAUUUGAGCUGUGUGCAAAGUUCUGUUAUGGCAUCACAAUAACCCUCAGUGCCUACAACAUCGUAGCUGCACGCUGUGCUGCAGAGUAUUUGCAAAUGAUAGAAGAUGUUGAGAAGGGGAACUUGAUCUACAAGCUUGAGGUUUUCUUCAAUUCAUGUAUUCUUAAUGGCUGGAGGGACUCAAUUGUGUGUCUACAGACCACAAAAGCCUUUCCUUUAUGGUCAGAAGACCUUGGAAUAACAAGCAGAUGCAUGGAAGCAAUCGCGUCUAAGGUCCUCACUCACCCCUCCAAGGUCAGCUUGUCCCAUAGUCAUUCACGGAGGGUGAGGGAUGAUAUAUCUUGCGAUGGAGGAGAGAUCCACAGGCAUAGGCCAACAACCAGUGGCUGGUGGGCUGAAGAUAUGGCUGAGUUGGGGAUUGACCUCUAUUGGAGAACUAUGAUAGCAAUUAAAUCUGCUGGGAAGAUGCCCUCUAGUCUCAUUGGUGAAGCAUUGCAAGUUUAUGCGUCUAGAUGGCUACCAAACAUAUCCAGAGAGAGAAAUGGCCAUAAGCAAGUAGAAUCUGACUCGGAUUCAGACUCAGGAAAUGAGGUUACGUCGAAGCACAGGCUACUCUUGGAAUCGAUAGUGAGUUUGCUCCCAGCAGAAAAAGGUGUUGUUUCUUGCAGUUUUCUGCUUAAACUCCUAAAGGCAGCCAACAUUCUUGGUGCUUCCUCUUCUUCAAAGAUGGAAUUGGCUAGAAGAGUGGGACUUCAGCUUGAGGAAGCUAGAGUCAGCGAUUUGCUAAUACCCUCUCUGUCAUACUCAAGCGAUACACUAUAUGAUGUAGACAUAGUUUUGAUCAUUUUGGAACAGUUCAUGUUACAAGGGCAGAGUCCCCCAACCAGCCCUCCAAGAUCCAAGCUGGAGUUUGAAAGGAGAAGGUCUCGGUCAGCGGAGAACAUUGAUUUUGAGUUUCAAGAGAGUAGGAGGUCUUCUUCAGCAUCACAUAGCUCCAAAUUGAAAGUAGCAAAGCUUGUAGAUGGGUAUCUUCAAGAGAUUGCCAGAGAUGUUAAUUUACCUUUGUCAAAAUUCAUUGCAAUAGCUGAGACCAUCCCGGAUUUCUCUAGGCUUGUCCACGAUGAUCUCUACCGUGCCAUUGACAUUUAUCUAAAGGCACAUCCGGAUCUAAACAAGAGCGAAAGGAAAAGGCUGUGCCGGAUUUUGGACUGCAAAAAACUAUCUGUUGAGGCCUGCAUGCAUGCAGCACAAAAUGAAAAACUUCCUCUCAGGGUGGUGGUACAAGUUCUCUUCUUUGAGCAAGCUCGAGCUGCCAUGGCUGGUGGCAAAGUGACUGAUCUUCCAAGCAACAUUAAGGCACUUCUAGCCGCACAUGGGAUUGAUCCAUCACGUCCUACAGCGCCAUUAAGCACCACAACGAGUGUACAAGCAGAGGAUCAAUGGAGUGUCUCAGGCCUAAAAUCCCCCAAGUCCAAACUCUCAACUCUAAGGAUGAAGCUUGACGAAGAUGAUUUGGAUGACAUUGAUAUAAACCCGGAUGGAAUUGCGCGACGUUCCAAGUUUAAGGCAUUCUGCGCUCUUCCUUCACGACCUAAAAAAAUGUUCAGUAAGUUGCUAUCCAUUAAUAGAAAUACCAGUGAAAAGAAUUGAGUGAAUUUUGUUCAUUUUCAGGUCAGUGGCAAUGAAAAUUCUAUUGGUAACAUAUACAAAUCAGUUUUUUGUUUCUUUUUUGGAAAUCCUUGAGAAAUGCCUUGUAACUUUUAGAUGAAAAACAAAGAAUCUCAAUCUGCAUUAUUCAUGAUGUAACCUAAUACAAUAAGUAUCAAGAAAUUUCAGGAAAUGGGAGGCAUGUCUCUCGGUGUAUCUCGUUAGUUUAAUAUAAAACGAGAAUUUCCCAGUUGUAAAUGACUCGUUGUGGGGUCGUUGUUGUUGUCUUUGUCUAUAAAUCUCUGCAACAUCUGUCUUUGUCAUCUUGUGGCAACUCAUUGGAUCCUCCCCUGUUAAUCAAAAGUUUAACUAAUG